AGCAGAGGCUUAAGGAGCUGCACUGGGGGGAGGACGGGGGCAAGCAGGCCAAGGCCUGCCGGGACUGGGGGAGGGAACAUGGAGCAAUCUGAGUCACGGCAGCGAGGGGGUGAGCAGAGCUGGUGGGGUAGUGACCCCCAGUACCAGUAUAUGCCCUUUGAGCACUGCACCAGCUACGGACUGCCCUCUGAGAAUGGAGGCCUUCAGCACAGGCUCCGGAAGGACACAGGUCUCCGCCACAAUGUCCACCCCACACAGAUUUAUGGCCGUGGCAAAGAACAGUUCUCAGACAGGGAGCAGGAAACAGGGAUGCCCAAGAAGAUGGGCUCUACUUCUUCCAUGGACAGCAAGGAUGAGGAUCACUAUUCUAAAUGUCAAGAUUGUGUCCGCCGCCUGGGACAUGUGGUGAGAAGAAAGUUAGGGGAAGACUGGAUCUUUCUGGUGCUUCUGGGGCUGCUGAUGGCUCUGCUCAGCUGGUGCAUGGACUAUGUCAGCGCCAAAAGCCUUCAGGCUUACAAGUGGACCUACGCUCAGAUGAAGCCCAGCCUUCCUCUGCAGUUCCUGGCCUGGGUCACCUUCCCACUCAUCCUCAUCCUCUUCAGCGCCCUCUUUUGCCACCUCAUCUCUCCCCAGGCUGUUGGCUCUGGAAUCCCUGAAAUGAAGACAAUACUUCGUGGGGUUGUCCUGAAGGAAUAUCUCACGCUCAAGGCCUUUGUGGCCAAGGUUGUGGCCCUGACCGCAGGGCUGGGCAGUGGCAUCCCUGUGGGGAAAGAGGGCCCUUUCGUCCACAUUGCCAGCAUCUGUGCUGCCGUCCUCAGCAAAUUCAUGUCCAUGUUCUGUGGGGUGUAUGAGCAGCCAUACUAUUACACUGAUAUCCUGACGGUGGGCUGUGCUGUAGGAGUUGGCUGUUGUUUUGGAACACCACUUGGAGGAGUGCUAUUUAGCAUCGAGGUCACCUCUACGUACUUCGCCGUUCGAAACUACUGGAGAGGAUUCUUUGCAGCCACAUUCAGUGCCUUUGUGUUCCGCGUGCUGGCAGUGUGGAACAAGGAUGCUGUCACCAUCACUGCUCUGUUCAGAACCAAUUUCCGAAUGGAUUUCCCCUUUGACCUGCAGGAACUCCCAGCCUUUGCAGUCAUCGGGAUUUGCUGUGGGUUCCUGGGAGCUGUGUUUGUGUAUCUGCAUCGCCAAGUCAUGCUUGGAGUCCGAAAGCACAAGGCCCUCAGCCAGUUUCUUGCUAAGCACCGCCUGCUGUAUCCUGGAAUUGUUACCUUUGUCAUCGCCUCACUCACCUUUCCACCAGGAAUGGGUCAAUUCAUGGCUGGAGAGCUGAUGCCCCGUGAGGCCAUCAGUACUCUGUUUGACAACAAUACAUGGGUGAAACAUACAGGGGACCCUGAGAGUCUGGGCCGGUCAGCUGUGUGGAUUCACCCCCGGGUCAACGUUGUCAUCAUCAUCCUUCUCUUCUUUAUCAUGAAGUUCUGGAUGUCCAUCGUGGCUACCACAAUGCCCAUACCCUGUGGAGGCUUCAUGCCUGUGUUUGUGCUAGGAGCUGCAUUUGGAAGGCUGGUAGGAGAGAUCAUGGCCAUGCUAUUCCCUGAUGGUAUCUUAUUUGAUGAUAUCAUCUACAAGAUCCUACCUGGGGGCUAUGCAGUAAUUGGAGCAGCAGCACUGACUGGUGCCGUGUCCCACACAGUCUCCACAGCUGUGAUUUGCUUCGAAUUAACGGGUCAGAUCGCUCACAUCCUACCCAUGAUGGUGGCUGUUAUCUUGGCCAACAUGGUGGCUCAGAGUCUGCAGCCCUCCCUCUAUGACAGCAUCAUCCAGGUCAAGAAGCUACCCUACUUGCCUGACCUUGGUUGGAACCAGCUCAGCAAAUUUACCAUCUUUGUUGAGGACAUCAUGGUACGUGAGGUGAAGUUUGUUUCAGCUUCUUGCACAUAUGGGGAGUUGCAAACCCUGCUGCAGACCACCACAGUCAAGACUUUACCACUGGUUGAUUCAAAAGAUUCAAUGAUCCUGCUGGGCUCCGUGGAGCGCUCGGAACUGCAGUCCCUCCUGCAGCGCCACUUGUGCCCCGAGCGGAGGCUGCGCGCGGCCCAGGACAUGGCGCGGAAGUUGUCGGAGCUGCCCUUCGACGGGAAGGCGUGGCCGGCUGGGGAGGGACUCUCAGGCGGCGCGCCUCGGGGCCGGCCUGAGUCCUUCGCUUUCGUGGAUGAGGAUGAAGAUGAGGACCUCUCUGGGAAGGCCGAGCUGCCUCCUCCUCCUCCUCACCCCUUUUCUACUGUUCUUCUGUCCCUGGAAGAACCCAAUGGACCCCUACCCAGCCACAAACAGCAGCCAGAAGCCCCAGAGCCUGCAGGUGAAAGACUUUCCAUCUUCCAGUCCCUGCUGGGCUGCUUGCUGGGCAGAGCUCGCCCCACAAACAAGAAAACAACCCAGGAGUCAACGGAUUUAGUGGAUACCAUGUCACCUGAAGAGAUUGAGGCCUGGGAGCAGGAGCAGCUGAGCCAGACUGUCUGUUUUGAUUGCUGUUGUAUUGACCAGUCUCCCUUCCAGCUGGUGGAGCAGACGACCCUGCACAAGACGCACACGCUGUUCUCACUCCUUGGCCUCCACCUUGCUUACGUGACCAGCAUGGGGAAGCUCAGGGGUGUCCUGGCCCUGGAGGAGCUACAGAAGGCCAUCGAGGGGCACACCAAGUCUGGGGUGCAGCUCCGCCCUCCGCUUGCCAGCUUCCGAAACACGACUUCAACUCGAAAGAGUCCUGGGGGACCACAAUCUCCUGCAGAGGGCUGGAGCCUGCCUGACAGCGGACCUGCAGCCACUGGAGUAGGGGAUGCGGCUCCUGCCUCCCCAGAGACCCCGGCACCAUCUUCCUCCCCAGAGCCUCCUUUCUCCCUGGUCCCUGCCAAGGCAGAGGGCGAGCUAGAGGAGCUGGAGCUAGUGGAGAGUCCGGGCCCAGAAGAGGAGCUAGCUGACAUCUUACAGGGCCCCAGUCUGCGAUCCACUGAUGAGGAGGAUGAAGAUGAACUGAUCCUUUGACCACUUCUUUCUAAAGACUGUCAAGAGGC